AUGACUGCUAUUCCCGACGACAUCCUGUUCGCCUAUGCCGACCGUGUUAAAGACAAGGUAGCCAUCAUCACAGGUGGCGCCAAUGGAAUAGGCAAAGAGACUGCUCUGCGCUUCGCGUCAUAUGGUGCCAAAGUCGUCAUUGGGGAUUUGGAUGUUGCUCGGGCUACAAAGCUCGUCAGCGAUAUUGAACAAACGGGCGGGCAAGCCACGUCUAUCAAGUGCGAUGUGACUCAAUGGGAUGAUCUUGUCGCUCUGUUUGAGCUGGCAAUCGCAAAAUACGGUCAAGUGGACAUCGUCGUGCGUCUUAAGAGUUGCCGGAGGGUUCAAUAUCGAGUUGAUUGUCAUUCCCGCGCUACCUAUUAG